AUGCGAUGCUAUACUUAUGACCGCGCUGGUUAUCGCCACUCCGAUAUUUCCCCACAUCCACCAACAGCUGAGAACAUCGCCCAGGAUCUCCGACAUCUUGUCGAGAACGCUCCCAUUACCAAUCCUCUCAUCCUUGUCGGGCAUUCCUGGGCUGGGGUGCUCAUCAAUGAGUUCAUCGCCCUCACGGGAAACGGCAACCACAUCGCUGGCCUGGUCCUUGUCGACGCUAAUCAUGAAUCAAUGCCGCAGGUGCUGAACGUUAAUGACCCCGAUUUGCAGGUUGUUUCUGAGGGCAUUGACCCAUACAUUGCCAAGGGUCUCGCGGAAGAGCACAAGAUGACGCAGGCCGAAUGGGAUGCGCUUAUGACCGCUGAAUCGACAGAGAAGUACGCAACAAUCGCGCGCCUGGAGGAUGAGCAGUACGCUGCGAGCUUCGAGACGUUACGGAGUAAGCAACUUGAUCAACAGCAGCCGCUGGUAGGCGGAAAGCCAGUGUACGUGAUCGGUGGCAUGCGAAGCAGGGAUUGGAAUGGGAUGUAUAAUGCUGGAGUUGGGAGAGGCAAUGGAAGCGAUGACCAGAGGACCAGAGUACGCGCAUUGAUUAGCACAGCCGACGAGAAGAGUGAGAGCAUCCAGAAGAGACAUCUCGAGCUUUCAACAAAGGGCAAGCUGGUAUUCGCGCGUGAGAGUGGCCACUUCGUGCAGAUGACCCAGCCUGAGCUCAUCGUCAAAGGAGUGGAAUGGGUUAUCAAUUGCCUGGCUGUAUGUAGCUAG